UCGACCCAGUCUCUCGAGAACUUCUCUGACUGAAAGAAAAAAAUAUUUUAGUAGAGUGUAGUUUGUGGCACGCUAUUCUAUUCCUUUAGUUGUAUCCACUUAAAUUCAGCCAACACGUCUUCGUUUUGCCCAUUUCUGUGUUCUUCGUCACCUAAGAUGUCUAGUCGUAGAGCCACGCACGCAGGAAGCUGGUAUUCCAGUCACUCUCGAGAUCUGAAUUCUCAGUUAGAUGGAUGGCUUUCUAAAGUAGAUGUAAAUUACCGGCCUGCAAGAGCCAUUAUCGCACCGCAUGCUGGUUACAGUUAUUGUGGAUCUUGUGGGGCCUUUGCCUAUAAGCAAGUCGACCCUACCGUAGUAAAAAGAGUGUUUAUCCUUGGUCCAUCACAUCACGUCCACCUUAGAGGCUGUGCUUUGACUAAAAACUCCAUAUACCAGACCCCACUUUACAACUUAGAGGUGGAUAAAGCAGUGAAUGCUGAGCUAAUGGGGACUGGAUUUUUUGAUGAGAUGAGCAGCAAAACAGAUGAGGAUGAGCAUAGCAUAGAGCUUCAUUUACCAUAUAUCGCCAAGGCUAUGGAAAGCAAAAGGGGACAAUAUACAGUAGUACCUAUACUUGUAGGAUCUCUAUCACCCGACAAGGAGAAGAAAUAUGGGAAGCUUCUAAGCACAUAUCUUAUGAAUCCAGAGAAUUUAUUUGUAAUAUCGUCAGAUUUUUGUCAUUGGGGUAAAAGAUUCAAAUUCUAUUAUUAUGACUCAAGAUAUGACCGAAUUCAUCAGUCUAUAGAAGCUCUAGAUAAAAAGGGAAUGGACUUCAUAGAGCGUCUUGACCCGCAAGGGUUUUCCGAAUAUUUAGAGAAAUAUGGAAACACGAUAUGUGGCCGGCAUCCUAUUGGAGUAUUUUUAAAUGCGCUGUCGGCACUCUCUCAAUUGAAUGGAAUGUCUCCCAGCAUGUCUUUCCGUUUUCUGCACUACUCACAGUCCAACCAAUGCGAAGAUUUCGACGAUAGUUCCGUUAGUUACGCGGCGGGGGUGUUACUCAUGUCUUGAUCCUAGGGCCUCUUGGAUUAAUACUGAUCAGUUUUUUUCUGAAGAGAUUGGGGAGGGGUGGGCGGGCUAGGGUUGCAUCAUAGAGUGAUGCUGAGCAAUGAGAGACGCUUUGUUGGGGGGGGGAGGGGGGAGGCUCGGGUACAACAGGGGCACAGCUUUCUGCAAUAGCAAGCACUGGAAGAGAGAGAGAGAGGAAGGAGGUGGAGUCGGGAGCUGAGUGCAUGAGUCAGUUUUUUUUUUUCUUCAACAACAAGAAACACCGAUGACGGGACCGUUUAAUCUUCCUUGCAAGAAAGGUAGAAAAAAAAGGAAGGAAAGAAAGAGAGAUCAGGGAUUGGGGGAUAUGACGGAGUGCUUUUUGUCUCUGAUUUGUGGUGCGCGUUAUGAGCUGGCAAACACGGGGGAAAACGCAGAUUAAAUGCUAACAGAAAGAGGGUGGGAAGGGGGGUGUGUUUUUUGUGUCGCUUAACAAUGGUGUGUUUUGCUACGCUGAUAAGAAUAUAUCGAAAUAAAAAAAAAGAGUGCAGUAUGGAAAAUGGUAACACGGUUUCAUACAACACCAAGAGCCUUAGUAAGAAAGACAGUGCAGAGGGAGAUGUGCAUUACUGCGUUUUUUAUGUCGCUGAACAAUGGUGCGUUUUGCUACUCUGACAAGAUCAUUUCAAAAUAGAGCGAGAGAAAAAAACAAUGGGGAUGGAAAAUUGGGAAUACGGUUUCGUGCAGCACUAGAGCUGUGGUCUACUACGUUUAAGCCGACGUAUCCAACGAGAACCAUGAAGGGACGGAGGGAUGAAAUUUGUUAACCUCGGCGUUACUUAAUACAGUAUUUACGCUUAUAAGAGCCUAGGUUUUUCCAUGUUAGCCUAAACAGGUUCUUAUUUAACGGAUACUAUUUUAAAUUUAAAGCUUCUUAGGUUCUUAAUUAAGUUCUUAAUUAGGUUCUUAAUUUUAAAGAAAAGUUAAUUAAUGGCUGGUAGAAGUGUGGUAUCUAGAUUGAUGAAAGGUCAAUACCGGUGACACCUGUCUGGCUUUCGUACAAUAUAAGGUCAUGACCCCUUAAAAUAAAUUUAAACUGCUUGAGAA